UUUGAUUUAGUUGCUCAGAUUAUCCAAAGAGGUCGUGAUCAUGGUUUACCAUCUUACAAUACGUUUAGGAGACACUGUGGUCUACCACGUCUGCCACAUUUUUAUGCAAUGGAAGCUGCUAACGUUCUGAAAGCGGUAUACCACAAUAUUGACGAUGUUGAUGUAUUUGUUGGUGGUAUGGUAGAAAUUCCACUUCCGGGAUCAUUACUGGGUCCCACCUUCUCUUGUCUUAUUGCUAGACAAUUCAGAGAUACUAAAUUUGGAGACAGUCAUUGG